ACCAGCACAUGACACGUCUGUUCCUCUGUUCUGUGCUGGCUUUGGGUCUCAUGGCGCUCUGGUUGACUGUGGUCCUCACCCUUGCCUGCCUCGGUGGCCUUGCUGCCCCAGGCCCAGUGCCUCCUCCAUCCCCAGCCUUCAGGGAGCUCAUUGAGGAGCUGGUCAACAUCACGCAGGACCAGAAGGCUCCCCUCUGCAAUGGCAGCAUGGUGUGGAGCGUCAACCUGACAGCUGGCGAGUACUGUGCAGCCCUGGACUCCCUGAUCAAGGUCUCCAACUGCAGUGCCAUCCAGAAGACCCAGAGAAUGCUGAGUGGCCUCUGCACACACAAGAACACUGCUGGGCAGGCUUCCACCAUGCCCAUCCCGGACACCAAAAUUGAAGUGGGCCAGUUUGUGAAGAAACUGCUCAGUCAUUUACGGUGUCUUCUUCGCCAUGGAAAGCUCCCCUGAAGCAUGAGAUAUGCAGAAAUGGGCCCUGAUUAUUGAAGUUGCAGAUUCAUUUUCUUACCAAUGUCAGAAACUGUGGGGGACAUGGGGAGGAGGGGGGAAGGGAAAGAUUGCCUUAGCUUAGACCUCAGCCUGUGCCACCUGCCUUCAGCUGUACCAACCCUUGCCUGGGUGCCUGGGGCUCAGCCUAGUGGCCUCCUUUGUCCAGGGCUCCGAGCUCAAGGGACCCGGAGUGAAGACACUUCCCUGCACCUGGACCCCUCCCUAGGGGUAGCAUUCCAGUGGGUGCUGUUCUUGCCAGACAGGGACCUGCUUCACACAGGGUGACUGACUGAAGCAGAGACAGCUCAGGCCCAUUUCUUCUUAGUCUUAUUUAUUAUUGUGUGUUAUUUAAGUGAGUGUCUGUUAGUGUUGGGGUGGGGGAGGCUUUCGCUGCCUGAGUGCCUAUGACUUGGGGCUCUAGCGGAAAGCAGUGGGCAUUGGUGGGGUCCCUAGUAACAAGUACUGUGCACACAAUCCUGCUACCUCACUGGGGCUCUGGGGCCAAGGAGUAAUUUAUUAUUUUGUCCUCAUAUUUAAAGUUAAGUAUUAAAUAUGUUAGCAAAGAGUUAAUAAUAUAUGGAAAGGAGGCCUACAACAAUGAAGGCCGCAUGUGUGUGGACUGGGGGAGGGGGGUCA